AUUUUAGGGAGCAGGCUAGCAGGCAGGGCCCAUGACUUACAUCAUAGGAGCCUACACAACACAAAAGACUGUUGCUGUAUGUAGGUUUUAUUUGUUUUUUUAUCUUAUAUUUUGGAAACGUACAUCCAGUUUUUUCCCUCCUUUAUUUUUUUUGCCCUCCCCAAGAGAGUGGGGCCCUAAGCUAUAACUUGUUUAUCUUAUACGUAAAUCCGGCACUGGUUCCUAGGAUCCUUAGGCCGGGGUGGGUGGGGAGCCAUGACAGUUCCAUAGCGGUUCUGUAGCGCUUUGCAUUUACGGUGGGUCCAAAAACGGAGGCGCUUGGCGGCUGGGAGUCUGUUUGGAGAGGUUUGUUACGCAGAAGCCAAAAAGAAGAGGCCCCUUCCCCAAUUUUGUAGGGAGAAGAAGAAGCCGGGGUGGGGAGAGGGCUGGGUGGCGGUGGCAAAGGCUCUUAGCCUGGAUAGGACUAGGCCUCAGCCUGCAUUCCUGCUCUGAUCCGCUUUGAAGAUUUUUAUUUUUAUUUUUUUCCCCAGGCGGUAGGUAUACACCUUACAAAACAAAACAAUUAAUGAAUCCAAGGCCUGCCAGUUUCCUAAUAAUAAUAAUAAUAAUAAUAAUAAUAAUAAUGACUUAUUCCCCCACCCACCCAAACGGGGUUGCCCCAGCCCCUAAGCUCCCUCGGCCUUGAGAUAAGAGAUAUCUCAUCUGACUCCAGCGGGGCAAAGGCCUGCUGUAGGAUUGCCUAACAAUUUGGAAUUUAAUGCAGGGUUGCCGCACAAUUUGGAUUUUAAUGGGCUGCGGGUUAGCUUGUGUGGGGCUGUGGCUUUACAAGGAAGGAUCUGGCCGUAUUCUCCUCCCCCCUGCCUUCCGUGUUAUGUAUCUUGGUGUUUGCCUAUAGCCACCAGCUUGGCAGUUUUAAGAGGAUAAAUAUUAAUUGGCAGAGGCGAAGGUAUCGCUGGUCACUAGGAACGGUGGUUGAGAGGUUCUCUGGGUGGAACAGAAAUGGAACAGAAAGUGGCUCAUGGAUGUUUAUAUCAUAUCAUAUCUAUCUAUCUAUCUAUCUAUCUAUCUAUCUAUCUAUCUCCUGGUUGUGUAAAGGCAUCUGUUUGGGCCACAGUGGGAAGUUGUUGUUGUUGUUAUCAGUGCUUUUUUCCCCCUUUAAAAAAUGCUUAGGGGUACUCUCAUUUUGACUCAAGAAAAUCACAAUUUUAUAGUUCAAAUCGGGGGGAAAUAAAUACAGUACAUGAACAAAAGUACAAAGAUUUACAAAAUGUUUAGGGGUAUGCAUACCCUUGCGUACCCCCAGAAAAAAGCACUGAUUAUUAUUAUUAUUAACGGUCCAUCCAUAGAUCUCAGGGUGAUUUGCAACAAAAAAAUACAAUAAAAACCCCCAAAUGCAUAAUAAAAGUAAGAACCAAAACAAACCAAUAACCCCAGCUACCUCCUUUUUGGCUUACUUUAUUUAUUUAUUUGGAGCAUUCGUACCUUGCCCUUAUGCCAAAAAGGCUCCCAGAGUGGCUCACGUGCAAUCAAUUAAAAACAAGACAGACUUUUACAGUCUUAAAAAAUGUGUUACAUGAGGGAAAAGAGGUAGAGAGGGAUGGGUGUGUGUGGAAUCAAAUGCAUGCACCAGUUCUUAAACAGUUGCUCUCAUAUUAACCAGAUGACAUAAUUGGUUGGGCUAGGUUUGGUCUGAUCCUGCCCGUCUCUUGUGGGAAAUAUGCAGCUCAGUGGCAAAGCAUCUGCUUUGCGUGCAGAGGGUCCCAGGUUCAAAUCCAAAUUUAUUUGCUCCUUGCCCUGGAAACAAUAGCCGACAGCUGCAUCGGACGUUUGGCUUCCGGAAAAAUUGGAAAACCGGAACACUUACUUCCGGGUUCUCGGCAUUUGCGUACCAAGGCAUUUGAGUACCAAGGUACCACUGUGCAGCUGGACUGUGUCUUCAGGAAGACAGAGAGCUUGCAAAAACCAGACCUCAGCUGCUUGCUCAAUUGCCAACAUGACUCUUUGGGCAAAGGAUAGGUCACCUCUACCUGGAAUUCAUGUUUUCAGCUUGUGGUAAUGAAUUUCCUGCUGGGCAACAAGUCUUAUAUUUUUAUUUAUCUUGCUGCCGUGAAUGUUUUAGCAGAUACUUUGAGUCACAACAUUUGCUUCAUUGAAGGAGCUUUUGAACCAUCGCCAUGCAGGCUCUUCUGGGAAUUUUCUUCUUCUCUCUGCUAACUACAGGUAAGGGGCAGCUGGAAGCUCCUAAUGGUAUCAGAGUGGGAGAUUUAUUUCAUUAGGAAAUCUGUGUUCUUCAGCCUAGAGGCCCUGGACUGCAACUCUCAUAAUCCCGGGCCAUCGACUGCAAAACACUGAAUUACAUCCAAGCUGGUAUGACUUGGUGUCUAUUUAUUUACAUGACUAUCCAGUAGGGAUGGCUGAAUCUGUCAACUUCAUUUUCUCUCUCUCAGCUCAUCAUUUUUCCAAUUUAAAUUUAGUUCUCCAUAUUUCUGCAUGAGUUUGAGAUUUUUUUUUCAUCCUCGGGAAAAUUAAUCAGCAUUUUCAAAAAAGCCUCAAAAACAGAAACGCAAAAUAAAUAGCAAAAAAAGCGCCAAACUUAAAAAACUAAAAAACCCCAGGUCCUCCUCCUCCUUUACUGCCACCGCUGGAGCCAAUCACCCCUUUGCCACUUCCAGAGAGAGAUGCAGACAGAAGCUGCAGAUCCAUUCUAGCCUUUUUAUUCUGCCUGUGCCUCUCUCUGUCUGCUUCUCCUGGUCACUGGUUUUUUAAAACAUUAGGGGGUGCCUGGGUACACCCGGCAGACACCCAACACAUGCUUAUGGUAAGAUGCAAUGUCAUGGGCAAGGCUAAAAGUACGGUCCCAAUCCUAUCUGCUAUCUACGAACCUUACUGCUGUAUACAAGAGCAAUGCAUGAACAGGGUCUGUGUGUGUGCUCUGAUUCCACAGAAACACAGGAGGGCAAAAAUGUACUUAAUGUAAAUUUGCUCCUUUAUCUGGCAUACAGGUUCAUUUUUAAAAUAAAUAAGGAGUAUAUGAAGCGCACAGAGCCUUGCUUAUAGCCACAAGGUUUUGGAGACCCUGUUUUGUUGUGGGUAUAUUCUGCAAUAAUGUCAUUAAUACAAUAGCAGUGUAUUACUGGUGGAUAUGCUCUGCUUUAGUUUGUUCUGGAGAGCUUCCCCAAUGCUAUUGCAUUAUUGUUGUGUGGAGCAGAAUUUUUUUUUUGGGGGGGGAAUACCCUGAUUGGAAAUGAUGCAAUGUGACCGCCCAAAAACGUUUGCAGGCUUAAACAGUACUGAAAUGUGUAUGACUGCCCUAGUAUUACUGUUGAGUACAAGUCAUCUAGAAUAUGCAGUAAAAAGGAUGCCAGAAGGAGUUCUGAGUGGUUUAAAAAUAAAUACAAAAACAAAAGUAGAGGAGCAGCCAUAUCAACCCUCUACUCUGGUUGACAGCUUUGAAUUCUACCCACCCUGUAUCAUUCAUGCAAUUGUCUUCUCUUCCCUUUCUCCAGGUGCCUCUUUGGACUGUGUAGUUUGCCGUGGAGAAACAUUCUGCACUGGCAGAAAGGAACCUUGCCCUUCUGCUGCUGAUGUGUGUUACAUUACUUUGGCAGAACGCCCAAAAGGUGGACCGUAGGAGUGAAUAGACUGCAGUUUUGUGCAAAACUCAUGAAUCCACUGGCAACAUUGGUCCUUCCCAACCUGGAGGGCUGCUCACAUCCUCGAAUGAGAGAGAGAAUCUCUUGCCUUCUGUGUGCAGGACAUUAGCCCUGCUACUGAGCAACUGUCUCAUCCUCGUGUGUGAGGUGUGGAGAAAGCAAGUAGGGUCAUGGCCUUCAAAGCCAUAUGUUGGGUUUUACCCUCGUUCUCAGAAAGACAGCCCAAUCCUUAGUUCAGGGUGUAUUGGCUGGGCCUCUACUGCCCAAGAAGAAUAGUGCCUCUUCUCAUUAUAUAACUCAUUGUGCCUCCAUUUUCCUGUCUAUAAAUGCAUAUUGGGGUGGGGACUCAAUAUUUCAAGCCUUAUUGAAUAGCAUACUGCAUACUAAGGAAGGGUGAGAUUCUCACACUUAAUCUCCUUUGGGGCUCUGGGAUUUACCCCACCCAAUUUUGUUCUUUACCUCAGUCUGGUUUUCACUUUCUGCCCAGUUCUUGCCGCCCUUGAAGUGAAAAAGGUUAGCUUGUGUAUGCUUUGUGCAUCUUCAUCGCCUGUCGUGCAUGCCCAUUUGACGCAUAACCCACGAGGAUUCUGCAGGCAUCCCCUUACGCCUUCUAAAUAUACCCUCCUUUCUUGUUUUCUGCAGAUAACACCACAGUUACAAAAGUAGUGAAGGGCUGCCUUUCCCCUGACCUCUGCAAAAUAUGGUUCGAGAUCGAUCUUGGACAGGAUAAACACAUCAGGGAAAGCACUGUCUGCUGCUCAAAGGAGAAUUGUUCGCCAGAUUCCCCUGAAUGUAGGUAUUAUUUUACGGGCAACUCCCAAUUUGCACAGGGGUUAUGUUCCGAGGCUCCAAGCAUUUAUGUGAAAUCAAGUAUAUUUGAAACACCAUUGGAAAAGCCUCCAAACAACCUUAAAACCUCUGGAAACCCUUUAAAACCAACAGCACUUACCAACGCCCAACUCCACGACAUUCACUUCCUCCACACCUCCAACUCUCCACAGGCCUCAAUGGUCGGUCAAGGGUUCCUCGGAUUGCACUUGCAAAGGCUUGUUGGGUUGCUAGGCUCUGUUUUUGUGCCUUUUGCCCUUCCUGGGCUCUUUUAAGGAGGUUUUUGCCAUUUUUAAAGUAUGGGUUUGGCACCAUGCAUGUUUGUGCAGUUGUGGGCCAACUGGGCACGUUUCAAUUGGUCAUUUGCCUGUGCUCGGUAGCGGGUGGCAGAGCAGGAUGGGGCAGUGCCGCAUAUACUAGAGAGCCCACUCCUGGAGGUCUGCCCCCAUGCCCCCUCGCAAUUUGCAGUUGAGCGAGUGGGCAGGAUCAGUUUCCCAGGCAUCAGGCUCAGCCUGGAAGCUUCCUUUGCUGCCUGGAAAACUACCCCUGGGGCUUCCCCAUUGGAUCUCAGUGGACUCGUAGCAUAUGCAACCUUCUGUUUUCUGCCCUGAGAGAACUUUGCUGUAAACGGAUCCUAGGUAUGUUUGUUCCUAAAGCAAACCUUUCCGUGGAGCUCAGGUCAUUCUUCCGGCAUUCUGCCCAGACCAGAAGUCUGACAAGGAGCAUAACUGGCAAAAGAUGGAUGUGUGGAGAACGAUGGAUGUGUGGAGAUCAAUGGAUGUGCCCUUCAGGCACAUGAAGGAAUUCAGCAGGGCAGGUGUGGAGGACUCCCUGGUCUUGAAUGGGGUAACUGUGCCCCUGAAGGACAAGGUCCACAGCCUGGGAGUCAGUUUGGACUCACAGCUGUCCAUGGAGGCGCAGGUGAAUUCUGUGUCCAGGGCAGCUGUCUCCCAGCUCCAUCUGGUACACCAGCUGAGACCCUACCUGCCCGCAGACUGUCUCGCCAGAGUGGUGCAUGCUCUAGUUAUGUCCUGCUUGGACUACUGCAAUGUGCUCUACGUGGGGCUACCUUUGAAGAUGACCCGGAAACUACAGUUAAUCCAGAAUGCGGCAGCUAGACUGGUGACUGGGAGUGGCCGCCGGGACCAUAUAACACCAUUCCUGAAAGACCUACAUUGGCUCCCAGUACGUUUCCAAGCACAAUUCAAAGUGUUGGUGCUGACCGUUAAAGCCCUAAAUGACCUCGGCCCAGUAUAUUUGAAGGAGCGUCUCCACUCCCAUCGUUCAACCUGGACACUGAAAUCCAGCUCCAAGGGCCUUCUGGCAGUUCCCUCACUGCGAGAAGUGAGGUUACAGGGAGCCAAGCAGAGGGCCUUCUUGGUGGUGGCACCUGCCCUGUGGAAUGCCCACUAUCUGACUUUUAGAACACAUGUGAAGGCAGCCCUGUUUAGGGAUGUUUUUAAUGUUUGAUGUUUUAUUGUGUUUUUAAAAUUCUGAUGGGAGUCGCCAGAUGGGCAGGGAAUGAAUGAAUGAAUGAAUGAAUAUCAUCAUCAUCAUCUGCUGGAGAAGUCAUCCAUUAUCCAUGCUUCGUAACUUCUAAUGUUGCACGUGGGGCUCUCCUUGAAGGUGCUUUUGAAACUGAAGCUAGUACUGAACACAGCUCACUGAGACGACUUGUCGGAAGCAUGCUUUGGCAGUAUUUAAAAAACUCCUUUGGCUUCCAGUCCAAAAUAUAGGGGACAACUCUGAAAGACCAAAAUCAAGUGUGAGGCAACUUUGGCCCUUCAUGAUGCUGAAAGACUACUAUCAUCAGCCCUGGCAAACAUAGCCAAACAUAGCUCCCACCAGAUGCCAAGGAAAUAAACAACUAUCUGACUUUUAGAAGACAUCUGAAGGCAGCCCUGUUUACGGAACUUUUUAAUGUUUGAUGUUUUAUCGUGUUUUUAAUAUUCUGUUGGGAGUCACCCGGAGUGGCUGGGGAAACCCAGCCAGAUGGGCGGGAUAUAAAUUAUUAUUAUUAUUAUUAGUAGUAGUAGUAGUAGUCAUUUUAGCCCAAUACCAUGAGGAAAGAAGUAAUCACUUUCUACUCUGUCUAGACAGACACAGCAUGCAUCAAAAAGGGCUAGGAAGCUUCUGCUUCUGCACUGCUGGGGGCAGGGGAUCAUAGGUGGGAGGUAAGGACUAGGAAUACUUUGUCUAAACUAAUCUGCACCACACUGUCUUUCCUUAAUUCAAUUGAUUCCUCUUAUGUUUCAGUGCCAAGAAUGCCCCCCGAUGUCAAUGGAAAGUUUUGCCCAUCCUGCUAUUCUAAAAAUGAUGUAUGCCCUGAGGAAUAUGUCUAUUGUACUGGAGGGAAUGCUUUCUGCAUAGGUUUUAUCACGGUUACAGGUAUUGCUAAUUGUGAUUUCCGAUGCUGCAGUCCAUUUCAGUUUUUCUUCUUCCUAUGGGAUGUGGAUUGAUUUUCAGUAUCGGUGGGAAAGAAUUGUAGCUCAGAGCUAGCUUUUCCUGAGAUGCAAACAGCAUCUUCAGAGAGGUGACUUUUGUGGAGACUGAGGCAGGGAGAGAAAGAGUUAAUUUUCCCCCAACCCUGCCCUCUUCAUCCCCUUGUCCCCUCAGAAUUUCUUGUGGCUGCUAUUUACCAAAGAAAAAUGUGCACCUUAAAUGCAUGGAUGUAGUUAAUGUUGCUUCUAGCAUACUUUCCUUGCAAAAAACCCCAAGCUGAAUCACUGGCACCUCCAGUUAAAGGCCAUAGAUAGAAAAGAUCUUCCCCGAGACUCUUGAGGGCCACUGCCAGUCAGAGUAGCGGACAAUAAUGAGCUAGAAUGAUUUAUCCAGUCGUCUUUUGAUUGUGUGUUCAUGAUGAUUUGUACUCAGGAUGCUAUCAGGGUGAUGACACACGAUUCUCCCUUUCAAGACUGCUGCUGCAAAGGUUCUGGGACAGUCACUGCUUCAUUUCGAACCAGUGCAUAUCCUGCUGAAAUCCCAUAACUUUUCCUACCACAAAUAUUUAAUUUUGUCCUGCUUUUGUUGGGGGCUAAAUCCCCUCCGGACAGGAAUAAUGUGGUAGCACUGGAAACCCACCACUUCCUAUUAGUGUGCCAACAACACGUUGCAAAAUACGCCCACAAUAAACACCAGCCUGGAGGCACCUGCAGCAGAUGCAGAAUUGAGCCCCACCCUUCUGCCCAUCAACUGAUGUCAUGAGUUGUCGGAGCCAGCCGUUACAAGUGGCGCAGUUUAGCAUAAAAUAAAGACACAGAGAGCCAGCAAUAUUUUCAGGAUGGUAUGAGCAGCUCCUUUUGAACUUCUCUCCCCUCCGGUAACUUUUUUUUUAUUCUUUGUCCCUCUCCAGCCGCAUGGCCAUUUGCCAAUGUCUCACGUUACCUCAUCCGGUCAAGGCUUUUAUUGCCCCCAUCACCAUAUAGGGUCAUCACUGCCCAGAGGAAACACAACUCCAUUUAAGGUCAACACAUUCCAAUACAUUGUAAAGCUCAGAGUGCUGGUCAGCCGAGGUCAGGGGGCACCCUGCAAUAUUACAAGCCUUUACCGUGGCUUUAUGACUCCCACAAUGAGUGAUGUCUUGGCAGGUGGGUGUGGCUUGAGGGAAAUGCCCUCAUGUGCCUGGGAGGCCAAAAUUGGCCAGUGGGGCAGAGGUCCCCCUGCCCCCUCCGGUCUAGUAGCUCAAGGCAGGUAACUUUCGAGUCCAGUCACAGCAACCAUUUUGGUUAGAAAGCAGAACAGUUGGUUGGGCUCUUUCAGUCUUGCUCUGUAUUGUCAGGGGAACCUGUUCCGAUGCAAACAGACUGUACCAUGGUAACCAUGGCCAGAGCUUAGAUGUUCUGACAAAUUGGGUAUUUCCUUGAAACCUCCUCUUUGCUAUCCUUAGGCUAUUUGCAGUUGACCUUUUCAUCUGAUGUUCCCUUUUUUGUAUUUUUGUUUGCCAAAUAAUAUUUAUUAGUUUUCCAAAAUUUCAACAAAUCAAUGCCAAAUUACACCAAAUUUAAUAUAAUUUCUCCCCAAAAGUUGACUUCUCACUCUUUGUCCUCAAUGUGUCCCUACUUUCUCCCAUUGCUCCUUGAUAUUACAUAUUUAUCUCUGAUUCACAUUUCAUUCCUUGUAUUCAAUUUAUUAUUAUUGUUAAUUACAGUGGUACCUUGGGUUACAAACGCUUCAGGUUACAGACUCCGCUAACCCAGAAGUAGUACCUCGCGUUAAGAACUUUGCUUCAGGAUGAGAAAAGAAAUUGCACGGCGGCAGCGGGAGGCCCCAUUAGCUAAAGUGGUACCUCAGGCUAAGAACAGUUUCAGGUUAAGAACGGACUUCCGGAAUGAAUUACCGUAAGUUCUUAACCAGAGGUACCACUGUAGAAUACUAAUUAUCAAUUCCUGCUCAUACAUUUACAUAACAAUAUCAUAAUACCUUAACCUCUUUUGCUCCUUUGUUCUAAUUUGGUAUAUCAGCUUAAGGUCAGCCAUGAUGGAUAAAAUAUAUGUGUCCUACCGUGGAUAGGUAUUUUUUUAAAUUGAGCAGAUCGGGUUUUUUGUGUGUGCGCGCUAGUUCCUGACUCCCCUGACCACUCGCCUUUGAUUUCCCUUGCAGACACGAACGUCGUAAAUAGCACCAUGAAGGGCUGCAUUUCUGAAUCUGGCUGCCAGACACUACAAUCAAUGAACAGACCGCUUUCUGCCUUUCCUAAUAUGAGAAAUGUGACCUGUUCCCAGGCCAAGGUCUCUCAAGCCAGCAGGGCUGCCCCCUCGUUAGCAUAUCCCCUCCUGGUUCUCCUGCUGAUGAAACUUCUCUUAUAAUGUCUCUUUUGCAGCAUCUCAGCAAUGAAGAAAUACUCCUCUCUUCCCCCUUUGCCUCUUGUUUUCACUUCGGCCUUUCAAGGGUAUUUGCCUUCUUCUCUGUUGUAUUGAGUGAAAGUUAAUAAAAGUUG